GAGAAACUAGUUUAAAGAGGGGGAAAUAUCUUCCCCGGGAAUUUACGAAGAGGAAAAGUACUUUUCAGAAAGGAGAGAGAGAGAGAGAGAGAGAGAGAGAGAGAGAGAGAGAGAGAAGGGGAGGGACUGAGUUUGUGAAAAGAAAGAGAUAGAGCUUGGGAGCGCUAUCACUUCACCCUCCCCUCAUCUGUCUGCCCUUCUUUUUGGACGAUGCAAAUGUUUUCACUUAAAACACUGCCUUUCUCGGGCGAUCCGUCGUCGCUCCGCUGUCGGCUUUUGUAAUAUCAAAUUUUGUUAUUGUCUAAUUGUUCUCUUCUCGGUGGGGAUCUCUCCCCAGCCUCUCCUGUCUCCUGCGGGGCGGGUGGGGUGAGAGCGAGGGGAGACGGUGUGUUGGGACUGGGUGAAAGGGUUUCAGGGUGAAGUAGUCUAGGUGGCCCGGCUCGCCUGCUUUUCCUGCUCUUCUUAACAGUGCAGUCAUGUGGCAGUGCGCUGUGAUUGGCUACACGCUUCUGGCGCUCUGCGCGGCGGCUCCGCCCCCCCACAUUAACCGCCUGGCACUGUUCCCUGACAAGAGCGCUUGGUGUGAGGCCAAGAACAUCACCCAGAUCGUUGGGCACACCGGUUGCCAGCCCCAGUCCAUACAAAACAGGGCAUGCCUGGGGCAGUGCUUCAGCUACAGCGUGCCCAACACCUUCCCGCAGUCCACAGAGUCCCUGGUGCACUGCGACUCCUGCAUGCCUGCGCAGACGCAGUGGGAGGUGGUCACCCUGGAGUGCCCGGGCAGUGACGAGGCCCCCCGCGUGGACAAGCUGGUGGAGCGCAUCCUGCACUGCAGCUGCCAGUCCUGCAGUAAGGACGCGGGCCCAGAGGGGGCGCUGCUGCAGCUCUACCCCUCCGAAACCGGCCCCGAGGUCCCGCCCCUGCCCGCGGGCGACCACGCCCACCAGAGCGCCCACGGCGAGCUGAAGGAGCAGCACCUGCAGCGCGGGCACACGCACACAGACCUCCACGCCCACGCCCACACUCCCGCAGGGGGGUGAGGGGGCAGAGAAAGGAGGGGGGGGGGGGGCGCCCGUCCUCCUACCCUGGCUACUCCUGCCCCUCUGUCCCCUGUUGUCCUUUCUCCUCGUCUGCC